CGAUGUAUUCUUUAUAUUUUACUUCUUGACAUGUGUCCUCUCUUAUAAUAAAAUGUUCACGAUGUCCAACCACUCGUUCAUUUACAGUGAAAACAAAGAUCAGCAAAGGCCUUUGAACCUUUUCAAAAUGGGUCCAACUUCCUUACAGCAGCUUGAGCUCGUGGCAUUCUUCCUCCGCAGAAGCUCAUUCAUAGGGUUAAUGGGCAUCUUCUACUACAAUAGAAUAGAAUGACAUACGCUCAAAAAUUGAUCAAAACGACGUCGAAGAUAGCAGCCUUUGCAAGGUUGGGUCACAUCAACCAUGCCCGCCAACUGUUCGACGAAAUGCCUCACCGAGACUCCAUUGCUUGGAACGCAAUGCUCACCGCCUACACCCAACUGGGCUUCCACCACCAAGCUCUCUCUCUUCUCCGCAGCAUGAGAAUCUCCAACGCCCGGCCCGAUCACUUCACCUUCACUGCUACGCUAAGCGCCUGUGCCGGCGCAUGUAACCUUCGAUGUGGAACCAAAUUACAUUGUUUACUCACUGUUUUGGGUUACCAGUCUUACUUGCCGGUCAACAAUGCGCUUAUUGAUAUGUAUGGCAAGUGCUUGGAGCCUUGCAGUGCUACCAGAGUGUUUGAAGAGAUGGAACUUAGGAAUGAAGUAACUUGGUGUUCUUUGUUAUUUGCAUACACAAACUCCGGACUGUUUGACGCCGCGCGUCAAGUGUUUUGUGUAAUGCCUAGAAGGGUGGAGAGAGCUUGGAAUGUUAUGAUUGUGGGUUAUGCACGAAACGGGGAGGUGGAGAUGUGUUUGGGGUUGUUGAAAGAGAUGAAAGAGAGUUUGUGCCGGCCAGAUCAGUGGACUUUCAGUGCUCUUAUGAAUGCUUGCGCGGAGGCAUUGGAAUUUCGGUGUGGUUGCAUGCUGCAUGCUUUCAUCAUUAAAAGUGGUUGGAGCUCUUCUGCGGAGGUGAAGAACUCGGUUUUGAGUUUUUAUGCUGAAUUAGGUUGCCUGGGCAAUGCGGUGAAGGUGUUUGAGUCCGGUGGAACUCUAACACAGGUGUCUUGGAAUGCGAUGAUUGAUACCUACAUGAAACUGGGAAAUACCCAUGAAGCACUUCGUGUGUUUCAGCUAUCCCCUGAACAGAAUAUUGUCUCAUGGACAUCUAUGAUCUCAGGGUAUGCAAGAAAUGGACGUGGGGAAGAAGCUGCAAUGUUCUUUGUUGAUAUGUUGAGAACUGGACUCGAACCAGAUGAUUUCAGUUUUACUGCCGUCCUUCAUGCAUGUUCAAACUUAGCAUUACUUGGAUGCGGGGAAAUGUUUCAUGGUUCCAUAAUUCACUAUGGUUUCCAUGCAUAUGCGUUUAUUGGGAACGGCUUGGUUAACAUGUAUGCUAAAUGCGGGGAUUUGAAAGGGUCCAUCCGUGCAUUCCGUGAUAUACUUCACAAGGAUUUGGUAUCUUGGAACGCGAUGUUGUUUGCAUUUGGAUUACAUGGAAAAGCUAUCGAAACUCUACAAUUUUUUGAACAAAUGGUGGUAAAUGGGGUCAAACCAGAUAAUGUUACCUUUAUCGGCUUGUUGAUGGCUUGCAGCCACUCUGGAUUGAUAGGAGAAAGUCGUGCACUUUUUGAAACAAUGCAGACAAUUUAUGGGCUCUCUCCUGACAAAUAUCAUGUGGCAUGCAUGGUGGAUAUGCUUGGAAGAGGUGGUUACUUAGCUGAAGCUAAGGAACUGGCUGAUAAGUAUUGUUCAGUAUAUAAUGCUAAGAUCAGCUCGUGUGAAGCUCUGCUUGGAGCAUGUUCUGCACAUGGGGAGUUGGGAUUUGGAAAAUAUUUGGGGGAAACGCUGAAAAUAACAGAACCACAUAAUGAGACAAGCUAUGUGUUAUUGUCAAAUUUGUACUGUGCAAGUGGGCAAUGGAAGGAAGCUGAAAUGGUUAGGAAGAGAAUGGCAGAUCAAGGGGUGAAGAAAUUGCCUGGAUGUAGUUGGAUAGAAGUGAGAAACAAGGUAAUGGCUUUUGUUGCAGGGAAGAAUUCUGAUCCAUUUAUGGAUGACGUGUAUAAUAUACUACAGUACAUUGAUUUUGAAAUCAGGAAUCCAUACAUUGUUGAUAUUAAUUGUUGAAGGAAGAGGCAACUCACUCUGGAUCCUAGUGGUGCCAAGAUAUACAGAAGAGCAUGUUUCAUAUUCCUCGUGAUUGGCCUAAACCUCAAGCUGUUUGGCAUUCUCUUGGCAUCCCCAGGUACAUUAAUACAGAGAACCUUCAGACAAUCAGACUUCAUUGGGAAGGUUGGAUUUCUGCUAACCUCUAUCAACUAAGCUACAAAUAUCAAGGGAUGCAGUCGAAUGCUUUGUGCAUUUUCAUCUCUUGGUAUAUUUGGAAAUAAAGGAAUAAGGCAAGGAGUUUGCAAGUGGCACAUAGCAGUAAUGGAAGUGAUCGUCAACAAGGCAUGGACUAUAAGUUUCCAUCAAACCAAGAUGAUGUUCUUGAUGGGACUACCGAGGAAGUAAAUCUUGCGGAUUACAGUCGGCCAAGGCCACGUCCUCCGUCUGAGAUCUUGACUUAGAUCCAGAUUUAGAUUUCAAUCAGUCCUUUUGGGUUUCUUGGUUGCUGAUCUUCAUUUGCUCAGUUGGGUUUAUUAAUUUACUGAGCGAGCUUAUGGAUGUUUAGAACUAGUUUAGUGAUAAACUUGUACUACUUUGUACUAGUUCAUGUUGUCCAUAAUGGACUUUUCUUUC